AUGCCCAGCUCCCCCAAAUUUCUUCUAUUACUUUUCUUAUCCUUAAUCCCACUAUCUCACUCCGGCUCCUCUAGAAGAUACGGAUUAGAUAGAUGGAAGACUGGGUGUACUGCUGUGGGAGAGUUUGAUAUGAGUUAUUGUGAUUGGAUAGUCGGAAUGAAAAACAUCUGGAGACAUAACUCGAUUGCAUGGUGGCCGGAUCAGACAAAGAACAUGAGUUAUGUGGAGUUGAAGAAGCAUUGUGAUGAUUCUUUUGUCUGCCUAGAAAACACUGGCUGCUACAAGGACUUUGUAAAUUACCAAGAACUUGACAAAUGUGUGGAUGAUGUAUUUUGGCUUGGCCCAAUGCAUUUCUGUGAGAAGAAGUUGAGAGAAGUCUUGGAUUCCACCCCAGAUCAGUUGGCUCCGUGUGUUAAGGAGUAUUUGAAAAAUAAAAAUCCAGACAAAUUCGACUGUUUGAGCAUUCACGAGAAGGGACAAUGUUUCUUGGCUGACGUUGAAAAGCACUGUGAUCCAAAACUGCUGCCAAUGUACAAAGAGCACCAAAGUCUCCGCCUCUUCAAUCGUGCAUGUGACGGUCGCUUGAGAUACAAAGAUUGGGAUUACAAUGGAGCGCAAAACGAUGCGCUUCAGUUCAAUGUGUUUAGUGUCAAAGCUUCGGACCCGAAGAGGGGAAUUCUGAAGAAUCCAGAUGUUGAAGAAACAACUGAUGGAAAUAAUUCAACAGAGGUUUAA